AUAUAGACAAUGUAUUAUUCACGACAUUCAUGCCGUAUUUUAGUGUCACGGUUGUAAAUUCAUCGUCCUUAAUUCCAGAUAACAGUCUCGACUGACAUGUUCAAGAGCACGGAAACUUUAAUAAUAACUUUGACGAAUAGGAAACUAUGGAGUUAAUAACGGUCACAUAAAAAGAAGCCAUUUCCAAAUCUACCAUGAAAACUGUGGAGGUCUUACACACAGGUCGCUCUAUUCCAGUUAGAAGCGUCGGAUUUAAAUGUUCAAUCCAAGUCCGAUCGAUAAAAAUGAUAAACGCAAGACGGAACAUGAAAUAUACCUGCAACACGGAAGAAGAAUUUCGCUGAAAAUGAAAUUGUUGCAUUGUAUAUAUAUAUAGAUACCAUCGUCAGAACAUGUAAUAGAUAUAUGAUGCACAACCGAAUGGAAACUCUUCUUCCAUGUACAUGAACAAAUUAUGGCAGAACGAAAAUCAAGUAAAAGUAGGGAAGACCUAAAGCAAUCUCAGAUGGAGGAUCAAGAUCUGUUUGUGGUGGCAAUAGACUUUGGCACCACUUACACCGGCUACGCAUACUCCCAGAGAAAUGAGUUUGAAAGCGACCCCUUGCGUAUUUAUGGAAUGAAAGUGGAACCAAUUAACAACCAGAUGUUAACAAAAGUACCGACUUCAGUACUAUUAAAACCAAGUGAAGAGUUUUACUCAUUCGGGAAAGUGGCUGAAGAUACUUAUGCUGAAAAAUGUAAGAAUGGCGAGACCGACUGGCGACUCUUCAAAAACUUCAAAAUGCGGCUGUAUAAUACUGGAGGAAAGAGAACAAAUCGAAAUAUGAUGAUUGAAGACUGCAGAGGGAUUCCAGUUUCUGCCAUGACAGUUUUCGUCUCGAUGUUUCGCCACCUAAAAGAAACAUUUGUUCGACAGCUAAAUGAAUCGAUGAAAGGAGUCACUGGUGAUGAUGUGAGGUGGGUCGUCACGGUGCCAGCUAUUUGGGAUGACUCCGCUAAACAGUUUAUGAGAGAGGCUGCAGAAAAGGCCGGAAUAAAGAAAUCGAAGAUAAUUCUUGGCCUUGAGCCCGAGUGCGCAGCGCUGUAUUGCGGCACAAAGUCUCUCCAACUGCGGCCAACACUAAAGAGGGGCGUGGAACAAAUCCUCGGUCCUGGAUCAAGAUACCUGCUGUUAGAUAUCGGAGGUGGUACAGUUGACAUCACCGCCCAUGAAGUCAACAAAGACUUCCAGUACGACGAACUUUUCGCAGCACAUGGCGGGCCAUGGGGAGGGGAGACUGUCAAUUUUGCUUUUCACAAAUAUCUCUGUGAUGUUUUCACUAGAGAGAGGUUCACACAGUUCUGCAAGAAUUGUCCAGAUGAGUUUAACGAUCUCAGCGAAGAUUUUGAGAGAAAGAAAAGGAAUUUCGGUUCGAAGAUCGUUUCGGAGACCAAGCACAUCGUUCUGAAAUUACCAUAUUCGCUUUUCAAAGAUUUCCCCUCUGAAACCCCGCAGGAUUUGGCGAUUCUUGAACACGAUAAGUUAAAGAUACCCGUCAAACACAUGCAAGCAUUUUUUGAUAACACACUUGAUAAAAUUUCACAACAUAUUGAGGAAAAAAUGAAGAACGAUAAGGUGAAAAAUAUCACUAACGUCAUAAUGGUGGGCGGUUUCAGUGUUGCUAACAUCGUGAAAGAGAGACUGAAAUUAUUGUUCCCAGAAAACACAAAGUUCCUUUGCCCUGAAAAUGCUGAAAUCGCUACACUUCUUGGUGCUGUCAUUUACGGACAAAGUCAAAUACACAGCACGAACUUCCAAAAACCAGAAAAAUCCAAGCCUCGCAUCAUCGUGCCGAGGAUCCACUCCCGGAGGUCUCGGUAUAGCUAUGGUAUCGACUCUCACGUCCUUUUUAACCCAGAAAAACACCCAGCGGAUAAGAAAUUCAGAGACGGCAAGGAGGAGUUCUGCAAGGACGUGUUCUGGGUUUUCCUGAGGGCUGGUUCAGUCUUAAAAUCCACGAAAGUAGGAAAACUGUCGACAUUUACUGUCGAUAAAGACUCCAAAACUCUAGAUGUUGUUAUCUAUAGGACAGAGAAUCCCAAUCCUAAAUUUGUGGAUGAGGAAGGUUGUCAUGAGUUGGGCUCUUUGAUUGUUAAUAUGAGUGAGGGUGUGGGUAUCCGAAACAGAGAAAUUAAGAUUGGCCUUCAGUACAACGACACAGAGUUAAGUGUGUACGCCAUCAACAACAGGGACAGCAUCAUCAAAACCACUUUUGAUUCCUUAGACACUGUAUGAGAGAGAGAGAGAGAGAGAGAGAGAGAGAGAGAGAGAGAGGAGUACUGGAAAGGUCAGGCACUAUUGGUUAUAUUUGAGGUUUGAAUAGCCAGUAGUGUUAUGACCUUUCCAGUGCUUCUAUAAAUUUCUUAUCGGCCUUAUCCAUUGCUUAGCUGAUACUGUCACUGUACAGGUGCUCGAGACAGACUCAGGCUAAUAUCUAGUCAAAUAAAUCAGUCAAAUAUUUAAUUGAUUCUCGAAUAUCCCAGGGAGUUCUUGAAAUGUUUGAACGAAGUUUGAUGACAAUGUAGAGGAGGUAUGUGCAAGUCGAAAGGCACCAGCUUUUAAAUGUAGUAUGAAAUGUAAUUAUUCAUCUUUAUAAUCGCUAAAAUUGGGUACCCUUGAACACGGAGUUACAAGCCUUUUAUUAUUAUGUAUAUCAAGGUUACCUGGGUGUUCAGAGGGCCUGUGUAACGACCCACUAUAAGCACGGUAGAAUCAUUUUAAUUCUUGGGGGCCAAAGUUCGUGCUGGUUCGUGGGGACGUAAUUUCGUGGGUAAGCGAUACGAUGUCACUAGGAGAGGAGAUAAUCCUAUUUGGUUUAAAAAUAUGUUCGAGGACACAUAAAUUUGUGGGUAAGAGUGACUCACGAAAUCCAUGAACAUCAAUCCUCCAUGAAGAACGACGAUUCCACAUUAUUCUAAAAUUAUAAAUCCCACCAGUGUUUGCACGAUGCUUCAGGUGAACCUUUUGGUACAUGGGCCUCUGGUUCGUGUAAUUAUCCCGUGUAAAUGAUACAUAAAUACAUCAUGUGACUAUGUCCUAUUCUUCGACCUCUCUAAUUUGAUCAUUAUUUGUCUUGUGUACAUAACUGUGUAGAGAGGACUCAUGGCCUCUCGUCGUCUGCCGUGCUGGAAGAUCAUCAAAUUUUCUGUCAUUCACUACCUGACUAUAACGUUUUGUAUGAAGUAAACGUUUUGAUAUUUGUUAGGUAGUAGACCUUGUUCAUUAGAAAAAUACACGAGAUAUCACGUUGUGUGCGGUGUAACCCGCAUUAGAUGUACAUGUCCUUAUAGAUAAAAUGAAUUUGUAACGCACAACAAAAUACUAUAUGUUUUUUCACACAACAAAAGAAUACCAAGCUGGUAUAUGUAUUUGUAUGUCAGUGGAAUACUAUAUUGGAACACUGAUCAUGUCAAUGUUAAAAAAAAAACACAACCAAAAGCAUUCUGUCCUAGGUUGAGUGGGUUUCAGUUUGUGAAUGUGACUUUAUGGUUGUACUAGCCAUAGUGAUAUGUACAGCAUAUUCACAUUUAUACUUACAAUGUAACUAUACAAUAUAUAAUACUAUAUCUUUAUUUUAUGGUCAGUAUGUAUAUAUAGUGUAAUCUGAAUCUUGUUAUAUCACUAAAUGGUCAGUAUAUAUGUUUUAAAUUUUCACCUUUUAUUCUGUGGGUACUAAGUCUGUUUUCACUAUGAAUAUAUACAUAUUUGUUUAUGUAUCUAUAACCCAAAUUAUAACAUGUACAAUGUAUGCAGUGAAAUACACG